AUGCCUCACGUUGGACCAAAUGGACUUGGGGAAGGGACCCCAAAUAAUAAACCAAUCAUGGCGUUUUGCACAGAGUCAAAUUCAGUUACGGUGCAGGGGCUCGGAACCCCAGUCCCGGCGCCUGGUCAGGGUGGGCGAGCGGGCCCGCAGGCGUCGUUAACCGGCAACCGCAAAGCUGCAGCGGUGGACCACUUGGCCACUGCAGCCGCUCUGGCGACAAGUGACGUAGACACGACGAAAGUUCCACUCUCUCCCUCCAUUGGCUCUAUGGGAGAGGAGAGCCUAUUGAAGGAGGUCCAGGAGGCGGAGUAUAAGAUGGAGCGCUGUUUGAAGGAGAUGAAAGCCCUCAUCGGUGUCAUGCUUGCCGCCAUAAAGAAGCAGCCAAAUGUCAACAAAGACAUUAAGUCUUCUCUUCCGAAGAUGGAAGAGUUGCUUGACCUUCUCCAUGAAGGCAGGCGCGCCAGUUUAGCCGGUCGUGAGAAACUGGUAAAGAAAUUGGAAGUUCGGUUGAAGAAGCCGGCAGUCACUGCGAAGCAUCACUCCUCGUCAGCGGCUGCUAGUACUCCCAAGAGGGCGGCAACCAGCCCACCGCUGCCUGUUACUGCGAACAAGCAAAAGAAGAAGAAGCCGGACCCUGCGGAACUCGGAUGGACCACGGUCCAGCCCAGGAAGCGAAAGCAGGGGGGCGAGAAACAGGUGGGUACUCCCUCUUCCACUGCGAACGGGAAAGCUGCGGAGGUGGGGAAGAAGAAGAAAAGGAAACCGCAGACAAGGAGGAAAGCAGAGGCAAUCCUCCUCAAACCAAGUGGAGGCAAAACUUUUGCAGAAGUGCUUGGCACCAUCCGCAAAAGUGUGAAGCCGGAGGAUUGCGGAGCGGAAGUGCGGUCCAUUCGCCGCACCAGAGCGGGCGAGCUGCUGCUGGAGCUGCGCAACACGUCCCCCAACGCACGACUCGGAUUCACCGAUGCCUUAAAGAAGGCAGUCGGCGAGGACAGUGAUGUCCGGGAAUUGAUCCCUAAAGACCGGAUUGAGAUUAGGGACAUGGACGGUUGCACCAGCAAGGAGGAGGUGGAAACCGCAUUGCGAAGUGUCCUCCCUGAAUACGUCGGGGCCUUGGACAUAGUGGUAUUCCGGACCAACAAUCAAGGCCAAUGUAUGGCGGUAGUCGCGAUGGAACAACCAGCCGCUGUCAAAGUACUGCAGCUCUCACAUAUAAAAAUUGGGUGGGUGAGCUGCAGAAUAAGACGUCGCACCACAGUGUCCAGGUGUUAUAAGUGCCUGGGCUAUGGUCAUGAGAGCCGGCAAUGCAAGGGGCUAGACCGUAGUACCUUGUGCUUCAGAUGUGGGACAGCGAACCACAGGAGUGCGGUGUGUAAAGCAAUCCCUCGGUGCUUCUUAUGCGCUGAGGCUCAAGAGAAACCGGAAGAUUGCAAGCAUGUGGCGGGAUCCGGCACCUGUAAGGUGUUCCGAGAGGCCCUGCAGAAAGCUACCGGAAGAUAA